CAAAUCUGUAAGCAUGAAUUCCAAAUUCUUUUAGUUUGGUUGUCACCGCUGUGUAAUUAAGGUUUAUAUUGUAAAUUGAAUUGCAUCAAUGGAAUUCAUCAAACAAUCAAGUUCCAAUCCAAAACAUGAUACAUAUAUAAAAAAAUAAUAUCUAGGUACUUAAAGAAAAACGUAUGCCCAAUGUUCUAAAUAUUAAGUACUUAAUCGUAAUCUGAGAUUGCAAUAGAACUCUCCAAAAAAUUGAGGUUUUACAAAAAUUAAAAAUACAUUCGUCCUAUUAAAAAUGAUAUUAUAACAAAAUGUUUCCGAAGGAAUGUAAUACAGUUUUAGCUUACACUUUUUUCAGUGUCGACUGCAGAUUUUGUUAUUGUUGACAUUUUCGGCAUAUUGAUAACAGGGGCAGAUCGAAAUAGUAACGCAAAUUAGAAAAUUAUGAAUAUCUAUUUGAAGAAAUGUAUAUCACACAAUCCCAGUGCAGCCCUAAUUUACCGAAUGCUCAGUUCCUCCGAGGUGGCGACCGCACUCAGGCCGUUCUAUUUCGCCGUUCAUCCAGAUCUAUUUGGACGUUAUCCCCAGCAAAGGCAGACCAAUGAAGAGUCCCUAAAGUUACUCAGCGCCCAUCUAGAAUCCUUACUCAGCCAAGGACGCAUAUUGCCAUCCUCACCAAAAAUGUUAUCGUUUUAUGUUAGAGCUUCCAACGCACCUGAACACCGGGGGACAUUUAAUCUUGUCAAAGUGCCCUUGGAGAGAACAGGGGACACGAAACAGGUGUUAAGGAAAAUUCUGCAAUCAUGUCAUCUUUCGACGGAGUAUGUUGACAAAAUGAUUUCAAGCAGCACAGGAACGGACACUAAAGGAAAAACCUCUAGAGCUAAGACUAGAUCCAACCAAGAAGAAGAAUUUCGUAAGCGUCAAAGCACAGACCAAAACGAUUCACCAUUCGAAAGUGAAUUUGACAUUUUUCAAUUUCGAAUCAAGAAAGCUCGUGAAAACGAAUCGCUCAAAUUGUGGCUUCAGAAGCAUAUGGUCACGGCUAAUGUGCGGAACCGAGCAAUUCAGGAAACGAAAGACGAAGUGGAAAAACUCCGGGAGGCUAUGAUCAAACAACUCGGAGUGGCUGAUAUAAUGUACGAUUGUGGAUGGAAUGUUGAGCAUUUUCGGGGUUGUUUGAAAAGCUUGGAAGGCUUGAUUCAGUUGCACCCUUCGGCUGUUGAUGGGCUGAAGAAUCGGGUGAUUGUGUUUGCGUCGUUUACCGGUGUAAGCCUGGACGGGCACAUUAUGUUAUUCACCGGAGAUGUUCAAAGAAAUUGGUUGGAUUUGAUCCAAAAUAUAGAGAAACAGGAUGCCUAUCUUCGGAAGCUACCAGCAUACGAAUAUGCACUAUCGCAGGUGCUUCGGAACAUAAGAAUUGGUCGUCGAAAGUUUAUGCCCAAAGCUCAAGCGAUGGCUUAUGCUUCACAUCUAAGAAAAAUGACCACGAGUCUAUUGGAUUAUUUGGGUAGAUCCAAGUUCCCUAAAACAUGGCCACCAGAUCUUUCACAAUUCGAGUUAGUAGUAGAAUCGGAAGCUGGCCCGUUGAUGGUAAGCCCGACCGGUCAAUUAAUAGUUCCAGCGACCUGUCCUGGAUCUUUGCUAGUCGAUUUUUUGUCGAAUCACAUGCAUGAGUCGCUCGCAAAACAAGAAUCCUACGAUCGUCAGAAAUACGUAGAACGAGAUCUGCAUUCGCGUUGCCUGAAGAAAUUUCGAAUGUUAUCCCUCGAGAAGGACGAUUCCGUCACACCAGAUCGCAUGAUUGAAUGUCUCGAGAAGAUGAUCUCAACCGAAGGGCUAGAAUUGAACGAUAUUCAUUUAAACGUUACGACCUACUAUUCGGUACUGGCAGAUGGAACCGUUUGCAUUCCCUGGGAUUGGAAAUAAUGGGAAUAAUACUUGUUCAGAGUCAAUUGUAGAAAAUUGUAAAAUUACAAAUAUAUUCAUAUACAAUACAUGAGGCACUUAGGAUCAGAGGGGUGCAAGUGAUUUUUUAUCAAAACUGAGAUAAACUGUUUUUUGGAUAGUUAAAGUAUAGAUUAACAUUCUGUAGAAGACACAGGUCAAAAGAAAAAAUAUUUCGAUAUUUUUAAGCUAU